AUGACUAACUGUACAUCUAACUUACACAUCCAGAAAAAUGCCACAUUGUGCAAGACCGAUGAGGUGUGGUAGGGCGGGGUGACCCAGGCUGUCUCCUCCUGCCACAGGCAUCGGAUGUCUAUAAAAUUCAAGUGCUGCAGGGAGCAGACAGUGACAAGAGGAGGAUCUGCAAGGAUGGCAGGACAGACAGGAAGACUUGUCAGCAUUGUGCUGCUGAUGCUACUGGUCCUCAUGGGCCUUCAUCAAAUAUCAUCUGCACCAGCAAUACCCUGUGGCCGUCAAAAGCUUGUUCCCCGGAUGGCAGGUGGGACAAAUGCGAAUCGUGGAGAAUGGCCAUGGCAAGCCAGUAUCCAGCACCGUGGGCAGCACAUCUGUGGCGGAACCCUCAUUAGCAAGGACUGGAUUGUGACAGCUGCUCAUUGCUUUUUUGAGGUUGGAUUACCAAUCUCCCCCACUGACUGGAAAGUGGUGCUGGGCCGACUGAAAUUGACAGGCAGGCAGACGAGGGGUUUGGAGAGCAACGUCAGCAAGAUCAUCCCCUAUGAGAACUACACUCACUUUGAGAAAGGCGAUGACAUUGCGCUUGUGCACCUGACUAACCCUGUGACCUACACCCGAGAUAUAUCACCCGUCUGUUUGCCUUACACAGAUCAUCGCUUUGCCUUUGGGACUCAGUGCUGGCUGAGUGGCUGGGGAGACAUUGCCAGUAAUGUCAGCCUUCCAGACCCCAUGAUCCUCCAAGAAAUGGCAGUGGACCUGCUGACCGCUGAUACCUGUAACUGUAUUUACAGCAACCUGAGGAAUCGGAGGAUUGUCAGCCCGGCUUUGCCUGGCAUGGUUUGCGCCAUGACUCCUGACAGGAUGAGAGGUCCUUGCAAGGGUGAUUCAGGUGGUCCUCUUGUUUGCUUGGAGAAUGGCCAUUGGUUCCAGGCAGGAAUUAUGAGUUUCUCCAUGGGCUGUGGCCAGUUCUAUGGUCCCACUCUCCUCACUGAAACAAAAUCCUAUGCCAGGUGGAUCCAGCAACAUGUCGAAGGAGCCUCCUUUGCAGAUCAGAUGACACCCCGGCCCAAUACCUCAGACAAAUACAAGUGCACAGGUUGUGGGGUGCUGCAAAAGGACACAACUGGCAGAGGACCCUGGCCCUGGUAUGUGAGCCUACGGUACGAGGGGCAGCACGUCUGUGGAGGUACCUUGAUUUCUGAGGACCGGAUUGUGACAGCUGCACAGUGUUUCAUUGGGCGUCAGGAAACCGAAGGCUGGGAGGUUCUACUGGGUGAACAACACUCAGGUGGGCAACAAAUCUGGCAGGAGAAGAGGACCCUCCAAAAUAUUGAACUCCAUGGUGCUUACAUUGAGGCAACAGAGGGCAACGACAUUGCAAUGGGCAGGCUGGCCCGUCCCGUGAACUUCACUAACAGCAUCCGGGCAAUUUGCAGCCCAUACGCCAAACACCAGUUCCCAUUGGGCUCCACCUGUUGGACUCGUGGAAGAAGGAUUGAGCUAGGUGCGAAAUGCCAGCAAGGGAAAGCCAGACUGAGUUCUCUGGGGGGUGUGGAGGUGAAACUCCUUGGUCCCAAGGCGUGUAACUGCGUUUACAACAAGAGCAGCGAAACUGGACAAGAGAUUUCCAUUACUCCUCAGAUGUUGUGUGCCACACCCUACAGACGGAAUAUGCGUUGUGAGGAAGGCAUUGGGGAGCCUCUGGUUUGCAACCACAAUGGAGUGUGGUUCUUGGCAGGCAUCUCCAGCUUCGGAAAGGGCUGUGGGACUGUCAUCCGCCCAGGGGUUUACACAGCAGUCAGCGCCUAUGAGGAAUGGAUCAUGCAACUUGCCUGGUCUGCUUACUAUGAUGUGCAAAAACCUCCGCUUCCAACGGUCAUCGAUGAAGACAGUUGUCUGCAUGUAUAACUUUGAGGAGACAGACAAAGGGACAACACUGGAUAUGGAAGAGACCAAUGCUGAUGGAAUCAAAAACUUGGUGAUAUUCUUUCUCCCUGUCUGGUUUCCUAUUUUAAAAAAACCUUUUAAGGAUAUCACUGCUGGUUUCCUGCAUGCAACUCAAUCUUGGGAGAUGGGCUAUUAAUGGAUCCCAACCUGACCCUUCUUCAUGAUGACUCAGAACAAAUCAAGAGGAUUCAGUUUGGACUUGCCAGGGUCACCUUUCAAGCAACACAAUGGUUCCUGUUGUCAGAAGAAGGAGGCCACUCUGACACUCAGCCACAGGGUGAUCCUUGGGGAAUUUUUUCAAUUCAACUCAUAGUAAGCGAUUGGACAAAUACAUAAUCAUUCUUAAGAGUGGAAAAGGACAUAGGUCCAGCCUAUAAUAAUAAUUAGGCUGUCUUGUUUUGUUCAUUUAAACAGCCCACAUGUGUUAAGAACUGUACAAUGCAAAUUCAUCUUCUUGUAGGUCAUUUGGAAGCACCGUAAUAAUUUAGGCCAAUUCUAAUCAAAGUCUACAUUGUUUAUCCUUAGCUAUGUUGCAGAGGCGCAACAUAACUAUUAGUGAAUUGUGAAGGGCACUGGCAAGAGCGCUCCAAUGAGCACUGGGCUCUUCUUAGUCAGUCUCCGACUACAUAGGGGGUGCCCUGAUGUGUGUGUGUGCCCAUUGAACACUGGGGCAUGUUGCAUCAGUAGCUAGCUAGCUACCAUUGCACAGUGGAUGGCUGCAUGUUGUACUAUCAUAGCAGCCCCUAGGUGAAUACAGAUGUUUUGAAAUUAUUCAGUUCUAUUUCUUGAAUACAUUUCUCCACAUACAAAGACAUUCUCUAUAUUGGUCAAAACAAAAAACAUACUGUAUAUACAGUAUAAUGGCAUUUAUAGUUUUCCUUCAUGAAGCUGAGUAUUUUGGUAUGUCAACAAAAGGCUUAAAUGCAAGCUUGGAAGCUGACUUGCCCAGGACUUCUUUGGUGGGCUCUAUAGCACAGGCAGAAUGUGAACUUCAGCUUUUCCAUUUUAGUCCAUGUUCCACUCUGCCUCUCCUUGAGUCUCACCAGGACGUUAUUACAAAGGAAUCUUAGCUCUUAAGUGCAAAAUGUGAAUGGGCAGGAACCUAGAAUCUUCUAGGCCUCCUCAGUUUAAGAGUGUCCAGGUUGAUUUCUAUUACUUUUAAAAUUGUAAAACUGACAUACUUGUGUGUAUUGUUCUUAUUAUGUGCUAUCAUGAUGGCCUGGACUUAUGGGGACCCUCUAAAUGAGACCUCCAAAAGACCAAGGUUGUGUGCAUGUAAUGACCUUAGCAUUUCAUUGUACAUAUUUGGAAAAAAAAACAACAAAUGUUCUCAUGGGAUCAGCCAAUGAUUUCUAUGCCUAAGCAGGUAAUACUGACAUUGCUAUUCAUGUGACUUGAAAUAUUUUGACUGGCAGGUGGAAGAGAAUUCUCUCUUUAGCACUGCUUAGAGACAAGUGCUGAAACCUUUUAUUGGAACAGGGAUUUUAUGAUCCAAUUUUUUAAAACCAUUCUUAAAUUAUUAUGUUUUAAAUGUUAAUACUAAUGUUUUAAAAUAUAUAUGUAUUUA